UACUUCUAGUGUAACAAUGAACAAAUUCAAUUCAUUUUAAUUAGCCAUAAAGCCAGUUUCAACGCUGUUGGAAUGAAAAGUGGACGAGUCUGUAUCCUAAAAACGAUGAUUCGGAAAAAAACGAUUGAAACUGUUUCGAACAGACGAUAGCAGGAGCGUGUUGCAUUUGAAACAAAUUAAUUCUGUUUGAAAUUUCGUUCGGUUGUAGAAGCUCCGAACGUCAGUUCGCUUCAUGUAGUCAGGGCUAGAGAGGCACAUUGAAGCCUUCGUUUCUUCAGGAAUUUAACCCCACACGGGAUGUUUCAGCUGACUCCUCGGAAACGUAAAAAGCGAUGCCUAUGGCGAUUGGUUGUUCCACGCACGUCACUCACGUCCUGCAGCCAAUCACAGGAAAAACGCAGUGGCGCGCCACACAGAACCUGGUAACUUGGCAGGAGUCAACGGGAAUUCGAGGCCAUGUAACGUGGUGCGCGUCUUCCAAUCCCCAGUUGGGUUUUUAGUCGUGCUCUGUGGAUUUAGAGCGGUUUUCAGUCUCUCAUUUCAGGUGAAAGUCUGAAACGCGACCGCGAUCACUCUUGUCUCCCGACGGCUUUUUUCGAUUUAAAUAUUCGUAUUUAUUUUUCAGUGUUGUGUCAUGUGAUAAAUUCACUCUAUUGCAGAGCUUCUAUGGUAACUAAAAGCCGUGGGCGGUACGACACUGUCAAAGGGCAUUGAAAACGCAAUUAUGGGUGGCAACAGUGCUUGGCGGCAGCACAGCGCCCUUGCGUAGGAGGGCACGCGGCCGGCCUUGCCCUCGGCGAUCGAUUUCCACCCCUUAUCCCUCUGAUGCCUUUAAAUCAGAUUGCUGUGAAAACCGAGUAAUCCGGAUUGGAACACACGCAAGAGUCGUUAGACUCGUUUUUAUCCGCAACGGGUUUAGUCUUAAUUUAUCCAAAAUUGCUGCCAUGGGUCGCAAAAAAAUACAAAUAUCCAGAAUUACAGAUGAACGAAACCGGCAGGUAACUUUCAAUAAAAGGAAAUUCGGAGUGAUGAAGAAAGCCUACGAGCUGUCAGUUCUUUGUGAUUGCGAAAUUGCCCUUAUAAUAUUUAGCAGUAGCAACAAAUUAUAUCAGUAUGCCAGUACGGAUAUGGAUAAAGUGCUUCUCAAAUACACAGAAUACAACGAGCCCCAUGAGUCGUUGACCAACAAAAAUAUUAUCGAGGCACUUAAUAAGAAGGAGCAUAAGAACGGUGUAAUGAGUCCUGAGAGUCCAGAACCGGAAUCGGAGUAUCAGCUAACUCCAAGAACGGAAGCCAAAUAUAGCAAAAUUGACGAGGACUUCCAAAUGAUGUUACAGAGGAAUCAGUCGAUUAAUGGACAAAGGAUGGGUUCAUCUAAUUACUCGCAACCUGUGUCAGUUCCAGUAAACAUAAGUUACAGUGAUUCAGGUCUUCUUCAAUCUAGUCCUCAAAUGGCCCAUACUAGCAUUAGUCCCAGGCCGUCUUCUUCCGAAACGGACUCCGUCUAUCCUAGCGGGGGAAUGUUAGAAAUGAGCAAUGGAAAUUAUAUGUUUAGCUACCCGAAUUCCUCAUCACCUAUUGGCGGUUCGCCAUCUCCAGGACCAAGCCCUGGUCCUGGAAUGAGUUCAUCCAAACAUCAAAAGCAGCUUUCACCUAGCCAUAGGUCUAACCUUCGGGUUGUUAUACCUACACCAUUAGGAUCCAGCAUCACAACGGACGAAGUGUCCUAUGCAGAACAUAAUCGAUCACAGUCAGCUUUAAAUACGCCAGUUGUAGCCUUACAAACACCAGGACUAGGUUAUCCAGGGGCUCUUAGUUCAUUUGGCGCGCAGGACUUUACCAUUGGUUCCGAUAUGACGUUAACCUCAAUGCCUUGGAGCGGGCAUCAAAUGGUAUCCGCUCUAGCACACAGUGGAGGAGGAAGCAAUUCCAGUGCUGGGUGUCUGCCCCAUCUCGCAGUGUCCAGUAGUACGCCACCACCCACUGCUGGCUCCCCUCUUCCUGUUAAAAUUAAAAGUGAACCCAUCUCACCUCCGAGAGACCAUCACCCGCAUCUUUCAAGCACUGCCGUCCACCACUCACAAACGCAUGUGCAGACCUUAAACUUGACGCACAGUGGGCAUCAUCCCAGGCCGAGUUCGGCUGGUCAUAUAACUCAUUCGCCUGGAAAUGUAACUCCAACCAAUUUACCUUCCCCAACCCCGCCUCCGGGACCUUCGUCGCAGCCUGACUACGACUCAUCUGCUGUCCAACUUCACAAGAGGCCGCGGCUUUCUGAUUGGCCGUCAUAGGCUUUGUGGUACCCGCGUGGUACCGACCAGUGCCAUAGUGAUAACAUGUGGAAGUGGACAACUUAAACGCCAUCUACGUUUAAUUGCCCUGGUUAGUUUGGGUAAGGAUAUGGUCGAUAUUAAUACUAUUGCCUUGUCAAUCUCAAAAUUUAUUACGCCGGUGUCUCUAAACCAGUCCUAUUCAAACUAAUACAUUAAUUGCCAAUUUGUCAUCCCAUGUGAUAAACUUCGAGUCUAGACAUUAUUUUAAAAGAAAAACUGAACAUUUUAAAUUCUAGUAAUAUACAAAGUGAAUCAUUAAAAAAAAUCGAGAAGUAGAAGUAUAGACGUUGCAUGUGUAUGAGUGGUUGUGUGAAAUAGAGUGAAAGUUUUUUUUAUAAGAAUGAACUUCUAAGGUCAUGGUGCAAAAUAGCUGUUACUGGAUAACGCUUGAUUACCGAGAGCAUAUCUUCUUAUACAACAAUUUUGUAUAGAUUUACGUUUUAUUUAUGUGCGUUUAUUUUUCAAACUUAAUUAGUCUCUCUUAGUAUCAAUCAACAGAGUGGUCAGGUUACAUAUUGAGCACAUCUUCUAGGGCAAAAUAUUGGUCAUUGCAUAAUGCGACAAUCGUGUUACGUGUUUCAAGAACAAUAUAGCAAAAUUAUUUUUCUGUUUCUGUUUAUCUUAAAUUUUCCAUAGUAUUACAAUCACAAAGCUUGUUAAUAUACUUAGCUACUUAGCGGUCUUUUCAAUGAUGCUUUGGUUUAUAGAGGUAUACUAUUAUGGUGCUAUAAAAUAACGUAGCUGUUAAAUUGAACAAUUUUUUAAGUAAAAAAUAUGUUUAUUUUGAAUUAGACAUGUUGAUAUAAAAUCUGAUAAUAUUAUUUUUGAACUUAUAAUUAACUGCGUUAUACCUUGCAAAAGAUAUGGCUAUUAUGAAGAAAAUAGCGUGCCAGUUAUUAAAUUAUUCUGAUUUAACAUAAUCCAUAAGUAUGGACAUACAUUUCAUUUUAUAUUGGAAGAUACGGCUCUAAAUGGAAUUCAGGCUUUCUGCAACUCUACUUCCAAUAAUUUCUUCAUUCAAUCUGAUUUUUAUUGUCGAAAGGCUCUAAGCUAUAAACAAUCUUUUCAGCUGACAUUUAGAUAACUAACUAAUCGCGUAAGUUGGUGUUACUGAAUUCGCAAAACUGUAUACCACUUUUUUCCACUUUGAUUCAUUCGGAACUCAAAAAGGAUCCGAAUAAGUGUUAUUCUGUAACAUCAUACUAAAAGAUUUUUGACACUGCAGAUAUACGUGAAUUAAGAGAGUACCAUUGCAAUCUUGCAAGUGAAGUGAGUUUCUUUAUAAAUGUUUUAGAAUAGUUACCAUCGUUUAAAGCGUACACUUGUUAGUGAGAAUUCCACACUUUGAUAUCGGAAUUGUAGCUACAAAAUGCUUCCCUUUCCUUAUCGAUGUUAUUUGAUGUUAAGCUAUACCCCUGCGGUUAUUAUCGCCAAGUCUCGAGCACAAUUUUUAGGACGUGAUUUUGGACCAUUUGCUAUAAUUUUGUAUUAACAGGUAUAGGAAUAACAGCUACUAUGAAUAAAUAUAACAUCAAGUUGCGGUGUGUUGUGCGAAAAUCUAAUCGCUAGGCUACAGACAAUUGAUGUGUUUGAAACAGCCAUGUUGUCAUGACAUAAAAAGUAUAAGAUGCCUUUGAUGCGUAUAAGAUCUAGUUUGAAAUAAAUUGUCAUAUCAGAAAUACCUAUACAUAAUCUUUAUUAGAUAUCGAUGGAUAAACAAAAAUUCACUGUUCAUUACACCUUUGAAACAUUAUGAUACUUCAAUUUUUCUGGUAAAUAAGAACGGAGUAUCAUUUUUAACAUAGAAAAUGGUAGCAAAUGGGUACCAAUAACUAGUGUCUGUUCUGGAACGUCCUCAAAUGUAAAAUAUAUUGGUGCUCUCCCUGCCCUACGAUUGUAGUCUGUCCACUGGCUGUUAUAGUUCUGGGACCAGGUUCUGAAGUCAGUCCCUUUGAUGCUCGUUAAGUACUGCUUCCUCAAAGAACCUAGGGUGUUCAUUGUUAGAGUCCAUUCGAUUUGUUGGUGAUUCGGUAAUUGAAAUGUAUAUUUAACAAUGACACUUCAGAUAAAAUUUAUAUAAAUUUGAAGUUGUAUAAUAUUUAUAUUUUAUCUACUGUUGUGUGCACCUAAUUUGCACAUAGACUUAAUUUAAAAUAAUGUAGCGCCUUUGAAAUUAGCAUUUUUGGUUACACACGUAUAACUAACCGUUAUUUCCUGAAUGUGAUAAAAUUAUAUAUUUAAAUAAAGAUCUUAAAAAUAAAGUGAAUUGAAUCGAAAGUUAAAAUAGAUUGAUCCAAAUUCUGAUCUUACAUGUGAAACCAAGAUUGUAACUGGCGCGGAUGAGAUGCACGUUGUGUACCUGCCCGCCUAAGUGCGUGGAUUACCCUCUCCACUGAAUUAAUUGUAGGAUUGCCUUACUCACAGUGCCUCGACAGUAUGUACGUACGUAUUUGUAUAUGUAAUACACCUUCGAUGUCUUAACGUUAAUGAUGUUACGUAUCAUUUCUUGACGCAAUUGCGAUAUAUUUUGUUAUCUAUUUCAACACUCACAGGGUAUUUUGCCAUUUACUAACAUUUUCCUCUACAGCAUAUUUUGCUGCUGUUUCGUGCCUUUGUUCUAAGUAAAACAGAAUAAAUUGACUCGAUAUUGGUGCAUUUUAUAGAAGAAAAGAAGAACAAACAUAAUUGUUCAAAUUAUCAACGGUGAUUAUGAUGUUCUUUACUUAUUUAAUGCGCCGUAAUGCUCAAUUUAUUUUGUUUCUACAUUCUGUCAGACUUUAACCAAAUGCGUUAAUUUCUGACUCGUAUAACCUAUGCGGGUCAGUUUCACUAGCACUAUGAUGUUUCCUGUGGAACAGACAAAAUAGUGUCUAUUUAUUCUCUUUUUGAAUGGCAACAAGGUAAAACUGUUUACACGUUAUUAAAGAAAUCAAUAUUUAAGUUUAGCGUACCACAUUUUCUUUACUUCGGAGAUGUUUUUGUAUAAUUUAUAAAUUAUUACUGUCUUAUCUAUUGCCUAUAUUUUUGACGACAAAUAUGCCUGCGUAUGUUUUUACAUAUAAGGAAUCUACUAUAAGAUCACUGUAGGUGACCAACCCAUUUGACCGUUAUGGUUUCAAAGUUAUUUUUCAAUGACUUGUUACUGUUAUUGAUGUUUUCAUUAGUGUGACAAUAUGACUAAAUACUACGAAGAUAUUUGGAGUAAAUAUUCUAAUUUAGUUUUCGGUAUUUUGAGCAUAAAUGUGUUAAUUUUUGCCCCCUUAUUCAAAUGGUCGAAAUACAUAUGUUAGUUGUACAUGUAAAUAGUAUACUCACAAUUAAAUUGUUGUACAAUGCCAUUUAACGUUAGCUGUAUUGUAUAUUUUAUUUCUCUAACUGAAGAAGCUGUUUUCCUGGAAAAUGUUGUUUCUGUUGCAUUCGUUUGACGUAAGAGUUUUUUCUUCAGUCAUGUGCAAUAUUAAUCUGACAUUUAUUUAUCUACUUGUAUUGACUUUAAACCAAAUAAAACUGUUUGUUACAA